AUGGUUGAAGGAAGUGAAAAUGUGGAGGUUCAUGAGAUUGUUAGUGAAGAUGGCAUUGAUGACCCGUAUGGUGAUCAAUGCAUGUCUCCCUUCAACACAGUCGGAGAUGAGGGUGGCUAUGAGGAGGAGAACAAUAAUCAAUUUAUGUCUCCUAUUAACACAAUAGAGACAUUAGACACUGUUGUUGGUAGUAAUGACGUGAGUAUUAUGAAAUGUGUUGAACCCCCUAAGGUUGGAAUGAUUUUUAAGAGUUGGCAAGAUGUCGAGUCAUAUUAUAAAGAAUAUGCCGAACAACAGGGAUUUGGAGUCUGUAGACCACAAGGUGUGUAUUCAAAAGGCGAGGUAAGAGAACGAAUUGCAACUACAUGGAAGUGUGAAUGUUGGGAUAGACCGGAUAUGAGAGCGACAAGGGAAGCGAAGAAAGGGGCAAAGUCUAUGGAUGUAUCUGGUUCAGGCGGUGUGGUUGGGGGUUUCAUGUGUGUGGAUGAUUUAAGCCAACGGAAGAGAAAGUCUAAAAAAUGCGAGUGUAUGGCAAAGGUAUAUGCUAGUCUUAAUCAUGAUGGGGAGUGGGAGAUUAAGAAAGUGCAUUUGGAACAUAAUCACAACCCGACACCACGUAAAUCAAAGCUAGUUAAAGAGUAUCGAAUGAGGGGCCUUACCUCAAGAACUAGGAGGAGGUUGCUUGACUAUUUUGAAGAAGGUGUGCCCAUUGCACAGAUUCAUGGUUGCUUUGCGGCUGAGGUGAAAGGGCUUGAUAACCUUGAAUUUACUGUGAAAGACUUGUCGCAUGUUGUAUAUAAGGAAAGGAGGCUCAAAAUGGCCGGGGGUGAUGCAGCAGCGUUGAUGAAUUAUUUUAAAAAAAUGCAAGAUGGCAACAACAAUUUCUAUCACUCUGAACGCUUAGACCCAGAGGGCCGUUUGAGAGAUGUUAUUUGGGUUGAUGGGCGUAGCCGUGCCGCAUAUGAAGAAUUUGGUGAUGUUGUCUGUUUUGAUGCCACGUAUCUAACAAAUGAGUAUGAAUUACCAUUUGUUAAUUUUGUGGGUGUAAACCACCACGGACAAACCAUAUUGUUAGGAUGCGCAUUGGUUUCCCGUGAGGAUUGUGACACAUUUAGAUGGAUAUUUGAGGAGUGGUUGAGAUGUAUGAAUAAUCGAGCUCCUGCUGCAAUUCUCACUGACCAGGCGGCCGCCAUGAGGAAGCCGUUAGAGGAGGUAAUGCCUUCUACGCGGCAUAGAUGGUGCAUUUGGCACAUUAUGAGAAAAAUUCCCGAUAAAUUGGGCAAAUGUGCAAGGUACAAAUAUUUCAAGGGUGUUUUGAAGGCUAUAGUCUAUGAAAGUCUGACCGUUGAUGAAUUUGAGACAAGGUGGGCAUCUUUAGUUGAUGACUUUAAUUUGGAAACAAAUGAUUGGCUAGCAAGCCUCUAUGUUGAGCGUCAUAUGUGGGUUCCGGCAUUCAUGAAAGAAUAUUUCUGGGAUGGGAUGAAGACAACUCAAGGGGUUGAGAGUAUUAACAGUUUCUUUGAUGGAUAUGUUAAUCGUAAAACCAAACUCUUUGAAUUUCCCCAGAAGUAUGCGAAGGCCAUGGAUAAGCGCGUGAGAGAUGAGACAGCUGCUGAUGCAAAUUGUGCAAAAUAUGUAAGGAGGAUAGUCACUGGAUUCACUGUGGAGAAGUAUUUUCAAAGUAAGUACACCGACAACAAGUUUCAAGAGGUGUUUACUCGAUUGAUGUACUGUAAUUGUAAAGUGAAUAAAAUGUUGGAUGAAAAUACAAUUGAGUAUGCGGUUGAAGAUCGUGUUUGGAUUGUACCCGAAGGAAAGAGUGAGGAGGUGUUAACUAAUCGGAGAAGGUAUUUGACAACAACUUUUAACAAGGUCACAAAAGAAGUUAUCUGGCAAUGCCAUAAAUUUGUAACACAUGGAAUCAUGUGCAACCAUAUGAUGCAGAUACUUGAACACAAUGUUGUGGUUGAAAUACCAGAGAUGUACAACAGGUUGAUGGAGGAUUUUGAACAACUAUGUGAUGCUGCAGCUAUGGUGAAUGACGAUGCUGUUGUUGACACUGUAAGUAAUGCUUUGAAACAAUUAAGGUCUGAAAUUGAAGAAUGCAGGUUAAGAAAGGCAGCGGAGAGUAUUUUCAUUUCAUUUCCAAGUGAAGGAGCACAUGGUUCUUGUGUCAUAUUUGGUAACUCGUCAAAUGCAUUUUCCUCGGGCCAGAAUGCAACUCAUCCAGAGGAAAAUGCAACUGAUGUAAAUUUGGAUAAUUCGGAUGUGUCUCCUCCUAGUGAUAUGAGAGUAAAAGAUCCGGUAUUAAAUAAAAAACCUCGGGUUGUUGGGAAGAAAAACAAGAAAACAUCAGUGAAGGUGCACGAUGGGAAACAAAGUAUUACUAAGGGAAAAGGUCUAAAAUUGCGAAAUUCUGGAAUCAAAGGUGUAACUAAAGGCAAAGUCAAUGGACAUACAAAAGCAAAACAGAUGGAUAAAACUUCAAAGGCCGUGCAAAAGUUGAAAUCUCUUAAUGAUUUGGUUCCCCUUGUACACCCUCCUACAAAGGUGAUGCAAAAAGGAAUACUUGAACAACCAAUCCCUCUUUUGUAA